AUGACUUUCGAUAUGGAAUGGUCACCAGCAUUCUGCCUUGCCUGUGACAGGCAAACCGACGGCAACGUCUACUGCUCUGAAGCCUGUCGUCUGGCAGAGUACGAGCAUGCUUCGACUGCCGGCUCGCCAGCCUCAUCUCCAACUUCAUCACGAGCUCCCGUAUCAUGGUCUGCUGUGAGGCAACCAAGCAAUGGCUUCUUCAUGGAACCGGCAUACAACUUCCACAACGCACAACCAUACGGCACCACCCCAUCACCACGAACUUCUCAAUUCUCCCACUCUGCCAGACCACAAUCAUCACCAACAGUCUCCAAGGCUACGCUCACUCCAUCGAGCUCCCAAUCGAGUCUCUUCUCUAUGCAGAGCACUCACUCGUCAACAUCCACCGAGCCAAUUCAACUUUCUGAUGAGUCACGAAAGGCUUUGAGGGCAUAUGCCAGCUCUUUUGACCAAUCUCGAUACUCGAGGAGGCAGUCCAACUAG